UCCAACGAAUUCCUUUCCCUUGGUUUAGUUCACGAAGGAGAUUUCGAAUACUUCGCACAAUCCGUUGGGAAAUUUCGGAAUUAAAAACAGGAGUUUCCGACAUUGAUCGUAAUUUUAUUAAUUUAGCAGUGAAACUUCCUCUCGUACUGCGUAUUGGUUGAAGCUAUUUAUUUUCGUAGAGCUUGAGAACAAUUCUACCAGUUUUUUCCGUAUACAAAUAAAACUCUUGUAAUCUCUGACGUCACUUAAACGUUCAAAAACUCAUUUAAUUUCGUCCCUUUGUGUUCAUGAAUAAUGCGAGGCACGAGGGCUGAUAAUGCUAUCUUACGCCUUCGAUCUGAAUUAUUGACGCACAUUCCCUAAUGAUCUUCGUGCUGCGUCAACUUUCCGGGAAGAAAUCAAACCUCUCUGAGAAUCUUGAUCAUCGCAUAGAGUGUUUUUUCGCAAGCCUUGUUAUUUUCUGCCAGAGAAUGUAUACAACCCAAAAGGCAGGAAGCUAAGGCAAUUUGCUGAAACAUGAAAUUUUAUCUAAUAUGUUUACGAAUUGUGGGCGGGAUGUGGGCUGAUAAAACCCCAUCAUGUCAUUGGUUGUAAUAAUAUCCUGUCACCCCUAACUCUCGUGCUGUUGCCAAGAGACUGAGUUGUAUUGUCUCUCUAGCCAAUCAGAUCGUGCAAAUUAUGACUGCGACAUGAUAUCUUCUUGUCGUCGGCAAAUUUUUACCACUACAUCGGUAAAUUUACACAGUUUGCAUUCCCUAAACGAACGAUCCAGAGAUCUCUACAUUCUUACUACAGUAGACGACAGUGCAGAAGAAAAGAGCGGAUAUGGAGCUUAAAAACAACUGCCAAGUUCUCACAUUCAACCAGCUCACUCGUCUUCACAGUGUAUUAAACCAAACUGUCUUCAUUCAUGGCCGAGGAAAUUUUCCUACUCUAGAAGUACCCCUCAAAGAUUUUAUAGAGACUGUGACAGCAGGCCUUAAAGAGGAAGGAUUAAAAGUCCGCGACCUCCGAUUGAAUGGAAGUACUGCCAGCAAUAUCUUAAGUACAGAGAGCAACUGUUCGUACAAUGAUAUUGACUUGAUCUUCGGUGUGGAGAUUCGCUCUAAUUUGCACUUACAGCAGAUCAAGUGUGUCGUGUUGAACUCGCUUCUCAAUUUCUUCCCCAGUGAAGUACCGAAGGAUAGAAUCAAUAGCUGCAUCUUGAAAGAAGCCUAUGUUCAAAAGAUGGUGAAAGUGUCGACUGACAACGAUCGUUGGUCGUUAAUCUCGCUUUGGAACAACCAAGGGAAAAACGUCGAACUGAAAUUCGUCGACUCGAUGCGUAGGCAGUUUGAAUUCUCGGUUGAUUCGUUUCAAAUUAUCCUCGAUUCCCUUUUUGGCUUCUACAAACUGUCGCCAGUGCCGAUGAAGCCUAAUUUCUUCCCUACCGUUGUUGCCGAGUCGGUUUACGGCGAUAUUAAGCUUGCCCUCUAUCAUUUAGACAACAAACUGAUAGCUACCCGUAACCCGGAGGAAAUACGAGGUGGUGGUCUCCUUAAGUACUGCAAUCUUUUGGUGCGAAAUUAUGUACCAGAAAACUACGAAGAGAUCAAGAUCCUAGAGAGAUACAUGUGUAGUCGUUUCUUUAUCGACUUCAGCGAUAUCCAUCAGCAGCAACAGAAGUUGGAGAGUUACUUGGCAAAUCAUUUCAUCGGAGACGAGCGAGCUCAAUAUGAAUAUUUGAUGGUUCUUUAUCAUAUUGUUUCAUCCUCCACGGUUUGCCUCAUGGGACACGAACGAAAACAAACCCUUCGCCUUAUAGACUUUUUAGGAAAGCAGCAUCGCGGUGAAGUGAGUUAUAUGCCGAUGGUGGUGUACAGCGAUAAGACAGCAUCUUAUCCAUUCGUUCCUGCUUCUGGUUACAUGGUGCCUGUAUCGACCAGAAGUCAAACAUUAAGUACCUAUGCUUAUAACAGUUUAGUUCCGUGUUUUUAAAGAACGUUUCAAGAACGUUACCGCAAUGAAAACUUUGAAACUAGACCUCCAAUGAAGGUAUGCGUCACAUUUGCCACUGGAUUCUCUGAACUUUGGAAGUGAGUCUAUAUUUUUAUAAUGAGGGAGCAGAGGGUAGUUUAUUUUCAACGUUGUAACCCGUAGUUAUUUCUAGGUACGGUAUAAACAUACUUGUCUAUCACCGUAUUGGUGUGCGAGGGACGUGAAGCAAGCCUUAAAAUGUAAUUCGUUUCGUGAAGAAACAGAGAAGGAAGUUCUUCACAAUCCCCGAAUACUGUUGUUAUGUAAAUACGCCGUUUGGAACGGCCAAACUAGACGUUCGUGCUUAAUGUAAUUUCGCAAUUUCACACUAUAUAUUUGUGAUGAACUUGCUUUGGAACAGUGACUGAAAUACGAUAGAAACAUUACUCACCACGAUUAGUGUCUCAUAAUUAAUAAGUACCGAGUAGAAUAUGAAAUAAUCUCCCGAGAGGGAAAGUAACUUUUAUGGUUUUGUUUUGAAUAAAUGAAGCGUUUAUUUUU